AGGAUGACUGGCCAGGGGCCUGUAGAGGAAAAAGUCCUUUCAUCUCAUCAACUGUCAGUGAAGACACAGUUAAAGGAUGAGACAGAGAGACCAGACAGCACCAUCAGCCGGUUGCAUUCAGUGUGCGAUGACACAUCUUCGGAGCUUCAGCGCAUGGCCACCAUAGAACCUCAAGGUGGCAGAAGGGCCUUGUCACGAUUGGUAAGCCUUGUGGUGAUUUUGAGGGAGUGGGCCCACAAGAGCCUGCUGGAGGAAGAACAAAGGCCCGAUUCGUUUCUGGAGAGGUUCCGUGGGCCGGAGAUAAGGACCGCCCCUAGUCGCAACAGCCAGGCCAAUGACACAGACAGCAAAUGGAAUAUUCUGAGCAAGAUCGUCACAUUUGUUGUGGCGCCCGCUGAUGAUGGAUACUACUAUUGGCUCUUUGUUAUUGCCUCAGCUGUCCUCUACAACUGGGUCCUUCUCGUGGCAAGGGCCUGCUUUGAUGCCCUUCAGACAGAUUGCUAUAUUCUGUGGCUGGUGCUGGAUUACCUUUCAGAUGUUGUAUACAUCCUGGACACCUGUGUUCGAUUACGCACAGGGUUUCUGGAACAGGGCCUGUUGGUGAAAGACCUGUCUAAACUUAGAAAGAGCUACAUCCACACACUGCACUUCAAGCUAGAUGUGAUGUCAAUUCUACCAACUGAUCUUGCUUACAUUGCCACUGGCAUCCACACGCCUCAGCUGCGUUUCAAUCGACUGCUGCGCUUUCCUCGUAUGUUUGAGUUUUUUGACCGCACUGAGACGCGCACUAAUUACCCCAAUAUCUUUCGCAUCUGCAAUCUGAUUCUUUACAUCCUUGUCAUCAUCCACUGGAAUGCCUGCAUCUACUAUGCUAUCUCUAAGUCACUGGGUUUUGGCUCAGACAACUGGGUUUAUCCUAAUCUCACAAACUCAGAAGAAUCACUGUCUCUUAGCUAUAUAUUCUGCUUGUAUUGGUCCACUGUUACUCUCACUACAAUUGGGGACAUGCCACCACCAGCCAGGGAUGAGGAGUAUCUAUUUGUGGUCUUCGAUUUUUUAGUUGGCGUACUGAUCUUUGCCACCAUUGUAGGUAACGUGGGUUCCAUGAUCUCCAACAUGAAUGCCACACGGGCAGAGUUUCAGGCUCGCAUCGAUGCCAUCAAGCAUUACAUGCAAUUCCGAAAGGUCAGCAAAGAUCUGGAGGCACGUGUCAUCAAGUGGUUUGAUUACCUGUGGACUAACAAGAAAGCCGUGGAUGAGGCGGAGGUGCUGAAGAACCUCCCAAACAAGCUGCAGGCAGAAAUCGCCAUAAAUGUGCACUUGGAGACACUGAAAAAAGUGCGCAUUUUCCAAGACUGUGAAGCCGGACUACUUGUGGAAUUAGUCCUCAAGUUGAGACCACAGGUCUUUAGCCCCGGUGACUACAUCUGCCGAAAGGGUGACAUUGGAAAAGAGAUGUACAUCAUAAAAGAGGGUCGCUUAGCAGUCGUGUCAGAUGACGGGGUGACGCAGUUUGCCCUACUGACUGCCGGCAGCUGUUUUGGGGAGAUCAGCAUUCUAAACAUACAGGGUAGCAAGAUGGGCAAUCGUCGGACUGCCAACAUCCGCAGCAUUGGCUACUCUGACCUAUUCUGCCUGUCCAAGGAUGAUCUGAUGGAGGCGGUGGCCGAGUACCCUGAUGCCAAGAAGAUGCUGGAGGACCGCGGUCGAGAAAUUCUGUUGAAAGAGGGGCUGUUGGAUGAGAAUGCUGCAAGGAAGCCAACAGGGGAGGAUGUUGAGGAGAAGGUGGAGCUGCUGCAGAAUUCCCUGGACUCGCUACAGACACGCUUUGCACAGCUGUUGAAUGAGUACACAGCCACGCAGCAGCAACUCAAGCAGCGUAUUACUGUGCUGGAACGGCAGCUCUGUAACAAAGGCUCUUGCUUCAUUUCAGACAGAGAGGGGGACAUUAUCCUCAAUGACAACGUGACAGAUAAAGAACUGGUCAAAGAUGAAGUAGCUGAAGGUAAUGGAAAUGGCCCUUAG